AUGGAAUCAUCGUCGCUCUCUCAAUCUCAAUGCUUUCCUCUCCUCCCACUCCUCCUCUACUCCUUUCCGCCCACCGCUCCGAAGGAUAAAGAUGAUGCAAAAAAACCUCCUCCUCCUUCACCAGUUGCUACUGCUACUAAUAACUCAGACCAACAAGUUGCUGACAUGAAAAUCCUACGCACUCUUGCUAGUUACAUAUGGAUGAAAGAUAAUCCUGAAUUUCGCUUAAGGGUCGUUCUUGCUCUUGGAUUCCUUGUGGGUGCGAAGGUUGUGAAUGUUCAAGUCCCUUUUCUCUUUAAGCUCGCCGUUGAUUGGUUGACUACUGCUACUGGGAAUGCUACUGCUCUUGCUUCCUUCACCACUGCUAAUUCCACUCUCCUUACUCUCUUUGCUACCCCUGCUUCUGUUCUCAUUGGUUAUGGCAUUGCCCGCGCCGGAUCCUCUGCUUUCAAUGAAUUGAGGACUGCUGUGUUUUCUAAAGUAGCUCUGAGAACAAUCCGAUCUGUUUCUAGGAAGGUCUUUUCACAUUUGCAUGAACUUGACCUCCGCUAUCAUCUUAGUCGAGAAACUGGUGGGCUAAGUAGAAUAAUUGAUCGUGGUAGCCGUGCAAUAAACUUCAUACUCUCAUCUAUGGUGUUCAAUGUUGUGCCAACCAUUUUAGAGAUAUCUAUGGUGUCGGGUAUACUGGCAUACAAAUUUGGAGCCCCUUUUGCAUGGAUCACUUCGCUCUCAGUCGCUGCAUAUGUUACUUUCACGUUGUCUGUCACACAGUGGAGGACCAAGUUCAGGAAGGCCAUGAAUAAAGCUGAUAAUGAUGCUAGUACAAAGGCAAUUGAUUCCCUUAUAAAUUAUGAGACAGUCAAAUAUUUCAACAAUGAAGCUUAUGAAGCUGACAAAUAUGAUGAGUACUUAAAGACCAAGCUGGUGAAUAUUGGCACAAUGUCAUCUAUAAUUCAAGGAUAUGGUACUCUAGGGUUUGAAGGCGCUGCCUUAAAAACAUCACGAAGUCUUGCUUUUCUGAAUUUUGGCCAAAAUGUGAUUUUUAGCACAGCUCUGUCAACAGCUAUGGUUUUAUGUUCACAUGGGAUUAUGAAUGGCCAGAUGACUGUUGGUGAUUUGGUAAUGGUAAAUGGACUUCUCUUCCAGCUCUCCCUUCCCCUUAAUUUCCUUGGAAGUGUUUAUCGUGAGACCAUACAGAGUCUUGUUGACAUGAAGUCGAUGUUUCAAUUACUUGAGGAGAAAGCUGAUAUUAGAGAUAAAGAUGAUGCAAAGCCUCUAAUGUUAAAGGGAGGUGGCAUUCAAUUUGACAAUGUACACUUCAGCUACUUGCCAGAAAGAAAAAUUCUUGAUGGCGUAGAUUUUUCUGUACCAGCAGGAAAAAGUGUGGCUAUUGUUGGAACAAGUGGUAGUGGCAAGUCAACCAUUCUUAGAUUACUCUUCAGGUUUUUUGACACUAAUUCUGGAAAUAUAAGAAUUGAUGGUCAAGAUAUAAGGGAUGUAACACUGGAUAGUUUGCGGUGGUCUGUUGGUGUUGUCCCUCAAGACACAGUACUCUUCAAUGACACUAUAUUUCACAACAUUCAUUAUGGUUGUCUUUCAGCAACGAAAGAGGAAGUCUAUGAUGCUGCCCGCCGUGCAGCGAUCCAUGACACUAUCAUGCACUUCCCUGAUAAAUAUUCUACUAUAGUAGGGGAACGAGGGCUCAAGUUAAGUGGCGGUGAGAAGCAGCGUGUGGCAUUAGCCCGUGCAUUUUUGAAAGCAGCUCCUAUUCUGCUAUGUGAUGAAGCUACAAGUGCGCUUGACAGCACCACAGAAGCAGAGAUUCUAAAUGCAUUGAAAUCAUUAUCCAACAAUCGAACUUCAAUUUUCAUUGCACACAGGCUUACAACUGCUAUGCAGUGUGAUGAGGUAAGCAUGAGUCCUGCUUCAGAGUAUUUACAUAGUUUGGUUACAAUAAUAGUUCUGGAGAGUGGUAAAGUGGUUGAACAGGGACCCCAUGAGGUUCUCUUGACCAAGGAAGGUAGAUACGCACAGCUAUGGACACAGCAAAAUAGUACUGUGGAUGCCCUUGAUUCAGCUAUUAAAUUGGAGGCAUAG